AUGAACAAUAUCAAUAGCUCAUCCUCAAACACUGCUCACCAUAGCACAAGCAACAACAGCCAGGGUAUGGAAAACAUUUGGGGCGGCAGCCCAGACCUAUCGAUGAGAUCGCCUUCAACCAGCUCCAACCACAACCACCUCCAAUCCUUGGUCAAUCCAAAUCCAUCUGCUGACUCAAACUCAAACACAAACGACAUCACCCCCAGCAUCCUACUCGAACAGCUGGCGUUUGUGGAUAACUUCAUGACGGACUUCAACUCUGAUUUCGGAUCGGGCGGCGUCGGGAACGCGUUCUAUAACGGCGCGAGCUCAGGCGAUAUGGCAGCAGGAAGCGUUUUUGGCGGUGGUGCUCUAAACGACCCGAACCAGCAUCACACAGGGCUCAUGAACGCCGAAACACAGCUGGCGAUGGACGAGCGUUUGGCCGCAGAAUUAAGCGUGUUUGCAGACGAAACUUUCAUCUUCCCAGACGAGGACAAGGCCGAUCGAAACGACGGCGAUGAGAACAGUAACAGUAACAAUAAUAACAACAUGUUUGGAGAUAGUAAUAAUAAUAACAACAACAACAACAAACCCUCUUCGGAAAAGAGAAACUUGUUCGACCGCAAAACUAACCUCCUGGGAAACCAGUACGACCACACACGGCAACGGUUCUCGAAAAAACGGUCAUCGGCGCAAAACUCGCCCAUCGCUGACCAUGGCGGAUUCACAAACUUUGACGUCCAGGACCACCAUCACACCAGCAAUAGCAAUAAUAAUCCCAGCAACAGUGCACCAGGCCGUCCCAGAGAACCCCAGUUCGUUCCAUCGCCUCUCACCAACUUGCUAGCUGCCCACGACCUAACAACAGCAAUGUCCUCAACUUCAACCGCUUCCCCCGCCGUUAACACAGCCCACAGUGGCUACCAGUCCAGCACAGCCGUCUCAUCCGGCGGUUAUGAGUCCAAUAUACAGAUGCCAGACUACUCCAAUAUCCAAACGUCAACAUUGGUGUCCCUACUUCCGCGAAUCAACGUCCCCAGAGGUGCCUACCAGUCUUUGUACAAUGUCGGUUUCAAACCGGACCAGAUCGACGCAAUAGCUGCCAUUAUUGCCUACUACGAGCGCGAAAGAGACAAGUUCGACCCCCCUGUGAAGAGCUCCAACAAUAACAAUUCAACUGCGCACAGCUCAUCCCGGAAACCAGCUGCAUCGUCUUCGUCUUCGUCUGCAGCAGUACGAUCACACCCGAUCGCUGCGUCGCCCCCUGAACAAGUACAGAGUUCGGUGACUAUGCUACUAGACUUUUUGAACGAAAAACCACCCGCACAACAAACGGUCAUCCACUCGCCAGCAUCAGUCUUGACUCCGGCUUCAGCUCCAGCACAAUUGCCGGUUCAAAGGCGGCCCGACCAAACAUCUGAGCCCGCCGCAAAGCGAAUGAAGAAGACUGACUCUGCCAAGAAGGAUCUAAACACAAGCUCCAACAAAAAUAGUAAUGGUAAUAACAGUGUGAUUGAUAGAUAUUUGGAAGACUCGCCAAGACCCCGCGCAGAGACAGCAACAGGGAAACUUCAAGGAAAUUCGGACAGCAGGGCACACAAAGAUCAAAGAGGAGACAAUGCAAGACCGUUGUCUUCUACUACUACUACUACUAAUAAUAAUAAUAAUAAUAAUAAUAACACGUCCUCUACUCUAUUGAAUAAAAAUAAGCAAGAAGACGGUAAAACUUCCUCCAUUGAUGCAUCGCAUAUCAAGAACGAACCAACCGAAAAUAAAUCUGUAGAGAAAGAAUCAAGUGGUGAUGAUUCUGGUGUUAAUUCUGAGUCUGAUUCCAAGUCCAAGUCCAAGUCCAACUCUACAUCCAAAUCUCAACCUCAACCUCAAUCUACAUCCAUCCAACCUAGACCAAAACUACCAAACCUCGACCUCACUAAAAAACUUAAGGAAAAGGAGAUGGAAACCUGGGUUCAAGAACUUUCAGAAUUGGCUCGAGACUUGAAGCAAAGGAUAAACACAUUGGAGAUGGAAAAUAAACUUCUCAAAAACUUGGUCGUGGAGCGCGGUGACGUGAAAGACCUAAAAGUGUUUGAAAAGACAAACAAAGAAGCAGAAAACUCCGAAAAGAAUACAAGUCAAUAG